GCGCCGGGGGCGACAGCAACAAAGGGCGGCGGGCGGCCGGCGGCGGUGACCGCGUCUCCCGGUGCUUCCCUCAGGUCACGCACGCCGGCCCCGCCUGCCCUGCUCCAGAUGAAGUGUGAGCACUGCACGCGGAAGGAAUGUAGUAAAAAGACGAGAACCGAAGGCCCGGAGAAUGCGGCGGCCGGCGCGCCGAGUCCGGCCCAGGACGGCGGCGAGAAGGGAGAAUUCCAUAAGUUGGCUGACGCCAGGAUAUUUCUGAGUGACUGCCUAGCGUGUGACAGCUGUGUGACUGCAGAGGAGGGAGCCCAAGUUUCCCAGCAGAACGCCAGGGACUUCUUCCGUGUCCUGAACCUUAACAAGAAAUGUGAUGCCUCAAAGCACAAGGUGCUGGUAGUGUCCGUGUGUCCCCAGUCUCUGCCUUAUUUUGCUGCUAAAUUCAGCCUGAGUGUCACGGAUGCAUCCAGAAGACUCUGUGGCUUCCUCAAAAGUCUUGGGGUGCACUACGUCUUCGACAUGACAGUGGCUGCGGACUUCAGCCUCCUGGAGAGCCAGAGAGAGUUCGUGCGGCGCUACCAGCAGCACAGUGAGGAGGAGCCCACGCUGCCCAUGCUGACCUCGGCCUGCCCUGGCUGGGUCCGAUACGCGGAGCGGGUGCUGGGUCGCCCCGUCACGCCCCACCUGUGCACUGCCAAGUCUCCCCAGCAGAUCAUGGGCUCUCUGGUGAAGGAUUACUUCGCCAGGCGGCAGAACCUGUCCCCAGACAAGAUCUUCCAUGUCAUUGUGGCCCCGUGCUAUGACAAGAAACUGGAGGCCCUUCGAGAAGACGUUCCCACCGCUUUGCAUGGUUCCCGGGGUGCUGACUGCGUGUUAACCUCAGGUGAAAUCACUCAGAUAAUGGAACAAAGCGACCUCUCGGUGCAAGACGCUGCCGUGGACACUCUGUUUGGGGACCUGGAGGAGGAGGGGGUCCGGCGCCACGACAGCGCCCGCUCCGACGGGUACCUGGCGCACAUCUUCAGACACGCGGCCAAGGAGCUGUUCAAUGAGGACGUGGGGGAGGUCACCUGCCGCGCCCUCAGAAACAAGGACUUCCGGGAGGUCACGCUCGAGAAGAGCGGGGAGGUUCUGCUGCACUUCGCUGCUGCGUAUGGCUUUCGCAACCUCCAGAACGUGGUCCUGAAGCUGAAGAAGGGCAGGCUGCCGUUCCACUUCGUGGAGGUCCUCGCCUGCGCCGGGGGGUGCUUAAGCGGCAGGGGCCAAGCCCAGGCGGAGGACGGGCGCGCAGACAGGGCGCUGCUGCGGCAGAUGGAAGGCAUCUACGCCGCCAUCCCGGUGCGGCCCCCGGAGACCAACGCCCACGUGCAGGAGCUGUACCAGGAGUGGCUGGGCGGGGCCGACUCCCCCAGGGUCCAGGAGGCCCUGCACACGGCCUACCAGGGCCCGGGACAGGCCGCCAGCAGCCGGGACAUCAAGUGGUAGAGGCGCAGCACACCGGGCCUGCAGGCUGCCUGAGGAGGGGGCGGUGUCAGAGACACCUGAAGAAAAAGCCCAGCUUUUCUUUCUUCGCUUUGGUUUUCAGAAUUCCCUGCUUCCCGCCCGUGGACGGCCCCCUCAGUCUGAUGGGGGCGCUGUCCCAUCAUGUGUGUGGUUGGGACAGCGCAUCUGGAGAGAAGGGUUGCCCUAAUUUAUGUAUCCUUUUAUCCUAAGCUGAGAAAAAUCCCAAAGAACAAGAGUGGAGACAGACUACUGUCUUUUAGGCUUAAAAAAAAAUCCAAAAGUGUCCUGCGAAAAGCUAAGACCCUGUUCUGGUUCAUGUGCCUCAGAAAGAUUGGACGUGGAAAGGAAGAUGCGGCUGGGGGGCUGCGGGGUCGCCUGGUUUGGACCCCAACUUUGGCCACAAUGUGAAUAAACUGCCACCUUUUGGAAUCGGGGCUCACACACAAAUCUGGACGUCCAACUUUUCGUGCAAAGAAUCAAAGUUCGGCAGCGCAGGCCGCAGCCCUCCCGGAACCAGGUCCGGCCGUGGGGGUCAGCGGCACUGGAGCUGAAGCCCCACGCGCGCCCUUUCACGUGUGCGAUCUGGGCUGCCCGCCCCUUGGGGGGGGGGCGUGUCAUGGGUGACAGGCGUCGCAGGGGGAAGGCUAGAGGGGGCGGGGGCCGCCCUGCUCAGCCCCUGCCUGCGUGGGGUCGCGCAGCUGGAGGCCGUCCUGUCCAGCCCGUGGUUGGGUGAGACACCUUAGCUUCCUCGCGUGUCCACCGGUCACACAGCGAGCCUGGCCGCUCCGCCGGGCCCCAGGCGGCCCUCUGCGCGCCGACCGCGCCCUGCCCUGCCCUUCUGCCCGCAGGGCUUGCCUUAAGUGAGAGGGAAGAGGGCCUGCCCGGGGACGGGUAAUCAGAAAGGGCUCGCCCCCACCUACAGCACCCGGAGCCCUGUGCCCGUCAGGGCCUGUCCCGUGAAGCGGGACCCGUGCCUGGCCCAGGGCUGGUUGCCCAAAGCACUUGGAUUUUGUUAACAUGAGGAGGACGGUCUUCUCGAACCCCUCAGCCUGUUAGGUUUCCCUCAUCGCUCGGCCAUUGUACCUGUACACCCAUCUGGGUUGAUAAAAC